AUGGUAUUACCAUUUCUGAAAAAGCGUUCAAAAAUCAUUGAGAUUGUUGCUGCUCGUGAUAUAGUCUUUGCUCUUGCACAAUCUGGAGUCUGUGCUGCUUUCAGUCGAGAGACUAACCAGAGAAUAUGCUUUCUAAACGUCAGUCCUGAUGAAGUUAUAAGAAGCUUGUUUUACAAUAAGAACAAUGAUUCACUCAUCACAGUAUCAGUCUAUGCUUCAGACAGCUUUAGCUCCUUGAAAUGCAGAACAACAAGAAUCGAAUAUAUACGACGAGGUCAACCUGAUGCUGGUUUUGGUCUUUUUGAAUCUGAAUCUUUGAAAUGGCCUGGUUUUGUGGAAUUUGAUGAUGUGAAUGGAAAGGUGUUGACAUUUUCAGCACAAGAUAGCAUUUACAAGGUGUUUGAUUUGAAAAACUACACGAUGUUAUACUCCAUUUCGGAUAAAAAUGUACAAGAAAUCAAAAUAAGUCCUGGAAUUAUGUUGUUGAUAUAUAACAAAGCUAGUGGUCAUGUUCCUCUCAAGAUUCUCUCAAUUGAAGAUGGAACUGUUUUAAAAUGUUUCAAUCAUCUUCUUCACCGAAACAAGAAGGUGGAUUUCAUUGAACAGUUCAAUGAGAAGCUUCUUGUGAAGCAAGAAAACGAGAAUCUACAGAUUCUUGAUGUACGCAAUUCUGAUUUAACGGAAGUUAGCAGGACAGAAUUUAUGACUCCAUCAGCAUUCAUAUUUCUUUAUGAAAAUCAAUUAUUUUUAACUUUUAGAAACCGAACAGUUGCUGUAUGGAAUUUUCGUGGGGAACUUGUGACAUCAUUUGAAGAUCAUUUAUUAUGGCAUCCAGAUUGCAACACUAACAACAUAUACAUCACAAGUGAUCAAGAUCUUAUCAUUUCAUAUUGUAAAACCGAGUCCGAUGAUCCUUUAACGGAAGGAAAUGCAGGUUCGAUAAAUAUCAGCAACAUCUUGACGGGGAAAUGUCUUGCAAAGGUGAAGGCAAAGAAUGGUGUUCCUUUGGAUGAGUGUAGUUGCAGUGGCAAUAAUGUAAUUUCUAAUGGAGGGUAGUGGCAGAAGUUGUAAAUGUACUUCAAGGAAGAGAAUUAGG